UACUCUACAGAACAUACAUCUAUGUGAGAUCUAUGUUGGUGGUGUACUUUUGUAGGUUAGCUAGAUAGUAAAUCUAAGCCUAAGGAAACGUUUUACGAGCCCUUAGUGAGAGAGCUGGGGUCUUGCGCGAGAGCAAAGACAACUAACUCUACUGAAAGAGGAAGAUUAUUUCAUCAUCCACAUUUAUUUCAGUGUUCUCAUCAAGUGCGCUACAUGGUAUAAAUAUGAUUAUGUGUCAGUGAGUAUGUGUUAAACCAAUGAUUCUAGGCCAUAUGAACGACGGGAUAAACCCACCACAACCUCCUUCACUCUCCAUAAACAGCGGAGGUGUUCCGCUCCAGGCUGGCUGCCCAAAUGUCAGCCCUACUUCAUCUCCUCCCGCAGUGCCGUCUUUUGGCUUUACACAGGAACAGGUAGCUUGUGUUUGUGAGGUUCUGCAGCAGUCUGGAAACAUUGAUCGCUUAGGACGUUUUCUUUGGUCACUUCCUGCUUGCGAACAUCUUCAUAAGAACGAAAGCGUGCUCAAAGCGAGAGCCCUCGUAGCGUUUCACCGAGGCAACUUCAAGGAGCUGUACCAUAUCUUAGAAAGCCACAAUUUUUCGCCUGCCGCCCACCCAAAGUUGCAGACUCUUUGGCUGAAGGCACACUACAUUGAGGCAGAGCGAAUUCGAGGACGACCACUUGGAGCAGUCGGCAAAUAUCGCAUACGUAGGAAAUUUCCGCUUCCCCGCACCAUCUGGGACGGGGAAGAAACCAGUUACUGCUUUAAAGAAAAGUCCCGGAAUGUACUGAAAGACUGGUACACACAUAACCCUUACCCCUCCCCAAGGGAGAAGAGAGAGCUUGCCGAGGCCACAAACUUAACGACCACCCAAGUCAGUAACUGGUUCAAAAACCGCCGACAGAGGGACAGAGCAGCGGAGGUAAAAGAAAGGGACGGCAACGACAGGACCAAGAACACCAGUUAUGAAAUGGACACUGGCCAAGAUACAGAAUCUGAGACCACAGAGAGAAAUGAUCGAAGUUCGACUAUCGACCAUUUCCUCCAGACAUCCGAUUCAGAUCAAACGAACAGUCCAGAUGAGAUAUCAUUUACCAGCGAUAUAAAACCAGUACUUCAUCCGGUUACCACUCUUGGCUCAGUUCCGGAACUCUCACCCUCAUCAGCUCUUACAGGUCUAGCUUCUUCUAUAUCAAUGGCCCAAGUCCUACCUUCGCCAAACGAAACCAUUUUCACUAGUGGUUUCCGAAUGGAUGGCGUUCCAGAAAUACAAUCUUCUAUAUCUGGAGGAUUUCUGAGCUCACAACUAAGCGACCUGGGUUUAGGCCUCGCAAGUGCUUAUCACUCCUUAUGACGGCCUUUUACUUGGACCUAAAACUGUUUUCGAAGCAUGAUCGUGAUUAUGCAUUCCUACAAAUUCGUUUGUAUGUACUUAUAUUACACGGUUAAGAAACAUUUAUCGUCGAUUGGUUGUUGACAAAGGAACUCCAACAGUUUUAAACUAAUGUAGUGUUUACUCUAAAUUCUUUUAUUCAAAUUCAGGUUUCGUCCAUUGCGUUUGUGUGCGUUAUACACAUUCUGCUUUUUCCUCGCUUACAAGGCCAGUAAAUCUGUUUACAGGUGACUUAAAACAAAGGAUUACAGAUCAUAACAACUGCUCAGAUAUAAUAACAUAUGAGAUCAAGCAGCACGCGAUCUAAAAUCCACAUCACUUUACAGUCACGAUGAUGUUGAUCCUCUUCCAACAGCAGUUAAGGCUCCGUGGCUCCUACGUAAACAACUAGCUUUGUAUUUGUGGUUUUUGUAUAGAUUGUUUUUUUUUCUUUUUUUUUUUUUUGCUUACACAUCUCUACGUUUAACAACACGUUAGCCAGAAGCACCAGUCUUCACUUUCCACACAAUUAACUUGAUCGUGUAGUCGCUCCAAGAACAGUUGUUGAUAGUUUAGCCUAACUUUGUGGGUAGUAGGUGAAAAGGAGAACAGUUUUGGGUUGGUAGUUUUGUCGAGAAAUGUAAAGCGAUCGUGUAGUCGCUCCAAGAACAGCUGUUGAUAGUUCAGUCUAACUUAGUGGGCAGAUGAUGAAAAGCAGAAAAUGUUGGGGUCUGUAGUGUUGUCGUGAAAUGUACUUCGAUAUUUGCAACAGCUACUGUGAUUAUAAGAUAGCGAAAUGUAGCGAUAUAUCUUCCUUAGCAAUGUAUUCUAUAUGCUCUGUUGUAAAAAAACAACAACAAAAAAAAAUCAUUAAAUAAAUCCAUUGUUGCAAUAUUAAAA